CAGAGCUGGUUCUUACAAUAAUGGAACGAUGGCUGGACGUCGGGCCGCUUUUAGAAGCGGCUCGCGCAGAUCUGAAGGCAAGCCUGUUUCCCCAUGUUCCCAAGAACAUUUGCAUUGGACUCCAGAUGCAGGGCCAGCUGGUCUCAGCCGCCAAGUUGUCCCAAAUUAUGACCCAUUUCCACGCUAUCAUCUAUUGUUCACGCAAUAGUCUAUUUGAGGCGAUGUCCGCGCUGGAGGCGGGCAACCCGAAAAUGGAUGCGGCGGCAUCGCCAUCAGUCGAACGGCCCACGCUAGAGGCACUUCUAGCGGAUCCAAAUUUGGCGCCGUGGGAUCUACCUGAAUCCACCCUGUUGGACGUUCUCGAUCAGCUGCUAGCGAUGGAGGCGAGCUGGCAUUGCGGUGGCAGCGCCAUGCAGACGGUGUACGCCUGCCUCUACAUGCUCAAACUGGACAGGGUCCCGCAACAACAGCUGCAGCAGUCGCCGUCCGCGCGUGCCUUGUACGCGUACUGCCGGACACUGCAGUACGAUUGCGCACUCGUACGGGAUCUGGUUAUGAGCGGAGCUGUCUGCGAGGAAGUGGCCACCGCGAAGCCGUACUUUGAGGAAGUACGGACGCUCGUACCGCGUAUCCGGGAGACCUCGUCCAUUCUGACAACCACCGCAACCACCACAACCACCACCGCGACCACGUCCUUGCCCGCCUCAUCCUCACCAUCAUCAUCAUCCUACCCGGCGGUAGCAGCUGUCGCCGCCGCCGCCGCCGCCGCCGCCACCUCAAGCUCAUCUUCUUCGCCGUUGUCGUCGGUGGCGGCGGCGGCGUCGCCGGGGGCCGCCAGCAGCGGCGGCAGUGGCGGCGGCACUAUGCCGUCAUCGCCGUCGCUGGCGCCUGGCUUCCUAAUCGACGUCAACCGGCAUUUGUUGGGUCCUUCACCCCCUCGCCAAGUCAAGGUUAUGUCGGUUUCGGAGGCGUUGUCGUACAUGGAGCGAAUGGCGGAGCACCUGCUUGUGGCGGUCACGGUUUCGGAGCUCGUGCACGACUACCUCUCUCUGCAGCUCUUCCUCUGGCGCUAUGCCCGCAUGCGGCCUGGGGCCGUGGCUAGGUCCGCCAUGCACUCACUGGUGAUGGCGGAGAGGUGGCAGCCGGCGGCGGCGGCGGCGGCAGCGACUAUUCCUGCUUGGGUGCCCACCAAGGAGAUGAUCGCGGCGGCAUGUCGGGUGCCGUACAAGGCGGGUCUUCCCGAGGAUGCUGUGAUGUUUUUCGAUCAGGCGGUUAUUGCGGUGACCAACGUCCUUCAAGCCAUGUUAAUGAACCGCUGCCGCAGCCGCCGCCGUCUGCGCCGCUGCCUAGACGACUGGUACAACAUGUACCACCACGGACUGAAUGCGGAUGUCGUACCGGCUUUCCAGGAGCACUUGAGGGCGAGUGGCUGGCGGUGGCGGCCGCUGGAGGGCCCUAUGGGGGCCCCGGAGGACGAGCAGGGCCCUUUGAGCACCUGGGUGGAGAUUCAAACCAGUCUCACCAUGCUGCAUCACCUGAUGCUGGGAUUUGAACUGGAGCUGUACGAACCGCUCGAGUACGACAUGAUUUACUGGUGGGUGUACGACAAGCUGGGGGGUGUGCGAAUAAAUAACGGCUCGCUGCCGGGAGCCAACCGCACCCCGCCGCCCUUCAACACCGCCGAACAGCGCUUCGAGCAGAGGUUCGCAGCCUUCAUGUCGCUCCCCAAACCCGUCCCCCUCACGCACAACGACUACCUGGCCUCCACCGAUCCGGGCAACCGCGAUGCAGCCUUUCUGUUGGGACUCGCCAGUGCCUCGUUCAAGGAGGCCCGGUUGCGGUGCUCCGCUCUGGCGGCCUUCGCCCCGACGCCGGACGUGGCGACGGGCUGGGUGCGGGGGUUGGAGCGAGUGGCGGCGACCAAUGCGGUGGUGGCGGGAGUAUUGCGGGUCAAACUUGCACCGGAUGGCACCACCACCACCACCACAAGCACUACGUCUGUCAAGUGGGACUGCGACUGGUCGCUUCAUCCGUACUUCCCAGCCAUGACAUUGCCCAAGCCAGCGCCAGCGGCGCCGGCGGCGGCGGUCCCAGCCGCCGCUGCCGCACCUUCUCCCGGGCCCACUGCGCCCACCUCGGCCCCAGCAGUGGCCGCGGUAGCCGCAGUCGGUGCCACCGCGGGCGAAAUCCCAGAGCAGUGUGCUACGUGUAGUGUAUGUAUGUACGUACGUAUCAACGCAGCUGCAUACGUAAGCUCGUACAAGGCCCUUGGAUAUCAUUCGUCUUUUUGCUCGUCCCGCCUUCGUCCCUCACGCACCCACCCGUCGCACGCCUUGGCAGUACUAGUGCUUGAACAAAGGCCUCCUCCUCGUCGUGGCGGCAAGUGA